ACAUGUCCCCGGCGGCUGAGUCGGAGCGGCCCGCGCUGCUGUGUCUCUGAGCCCGGGGCGGCCUGGCGGCCGGCCGAGGACGAGGGUCGGCGGAGGCUGCCCCCGCUGUGGUGGCCGCCAUGCUGGGCGCCCGCGCGGCGGAGGGAGCCUUCGUGGCGCUCCUGCGACUGCUGCUGCUGCUGCUGCCGGCGCUCCGGGGUCCGGGGCUCGGCGUGGCCGGCUCGGCGGGGGCCGGGCUGCCCGAGAGCGUCAUCUGGGCCGUCAACGCGGGCGGCGAGGCGCAUGUGGACGUGCACGGGAUCCACUUCCGCAAGGACCCUCUGGAGGGCCGGGUGGGCCGAGCCUCUGACUAUGGCAUGAAACUGCCAAUCCUGCGUUCCAAUCCUGAGGAUCAGAUCCUAUAUCAAACAGAGCGGUACAAUGAGGAGACCUUUGGCUACGAAGUGCCCAUUAAGGAGGAGGGGGACUAUGUGCUGGUGUUGAAAUUUGCCGAGGUCUAUUUUGCACAGUCUCAGCAGAAGGUAUUUGAUGUGCGAUUGAAUGGCCAUGUCGUGGUGAAGGACUUGGAUAUCUUCGAUCGUGUUGGACACAGCACAGCUCAUGAUGAAAUCAUCCCUAUGAGCAUCAGAAAGGGGAAACUGAGUGUCCAGGGAGAGGUUUCCACCUUCACAGGGAAACUCUACAUUGAGUUUGUUAAGGGUUACUAUGACAAUCCCAAAGUCUGCGCACUCUACAUCUUGGCUGGAACCGUGGAUGAUGUACCAAAACUGCAGCCUCAUCCAGGAUUAGAGAAAAAAGAAGAGGAGGAGGAAGAAGAAGAAUAUGAUGAAGGAUCAAAUCUCAAAAGACAAACCAAUAAGAACCGGGUGCAGUCAGGCCCCCGAACGCCCAACCCGUAUGCCUCGGACAACAGCAGCCUCAUGUUUCCCAUCCUGGUGGCCUUUGGAGUCUUCAUUCCAACCCUCUUCUGCCUCUGCCGGUUGUGAGAACAACUUACCAUCCUGAACAGGGUGGAGGGGUGUGGGAAAGAAACCAAACAUGUUGAUUUUGGUUUCUGUAUUUUCACAAU